AUGAAGUUGAAAAGACGAAACAACAUAACCUAUCUUACGAGAACCGAGUGGUGUGAUUAUCCACAAAAUUGGAAUUGUAAGAAUAGCUGUAAAAUUUCGACAAUAUAACAGUAAAUAAAAUUAAACCUCUUAAUGAAGACUGCUCCACAUCAAAAGCUAGUUAUGGUUGGAGAUCGCGACGGGCUGAAAGAAUUGCUACGUCGUCGAUUAAUUGAAUGUGGAUGGAGAGAUCAAGUAAAAUUAAUUUGCAAGGAAUUAAUAAAAGAACAUGGUGUUGAUAUUACAUAUGAUAAAUUGCUUUCGAUGGUUACAACUAAAGCAAGAACACUUGUCCCAGACUCUGUUAAAAAAGAACUACUACAAAAAAUAAAAAAUCAACUAAUUGCUCAAGAAGAAAAACUAAAAAUAUAACAGUAAAAAAUGUUAAUUCAUCAAUUUCUAUCAAUUUGGUUCGCUGAGAUGAAAUGUACAAAUAAUUCUAUUGUUUUAAUAUUAUGUAUUGCUAUAUAUACACUGUCAUAGAUUACAAUUUUAGAUUUAAGUUUGUAUUCAAAUAAAGUGUAUGAUUUUUUAAUUAAAA